AGAGAUUAAAAAGAUGGUAGUAUAAAAAUUUUCAAAUUGCGGAAGGUCGUGCUACUUAGGAGUUGUAAUUCUUUCACUUAAAAAUGAAUUCUACUUGUUGCUGUUGCUGGGAAAAGUAUGGCGAAAGAUCAAAAUCAUUGAAAAAAAUGAAUAAAAACUUAGAAGAACAAAUUCAAAUGUUUAUCUUUCCUGGAUAUACGAUGAACAACGAUUGCAAUCCAUCAGUUGUUUGUCCUGGUUGCCGAAGAAAUCUUUACAGACUCAAAAAGGGAGACUCACCUCGUGGUGAAUGGGGAGCUAAGGUAGAGUGGAAAACCCUUUUGAGAAAUAGCCCCAGAACCAGUCUAACUCUUCCAGAUGAGAUAACUAAUUUUCCGACAACUAAGUCAAGUAUACGUUCUUUUUGCUAUUCAUUGCCUGCACCUGGUUAUUCUCAUAACUGUACACCCACCAGUCCUGUGGCAAAUAUCAUUACACUGUCAUUUCUUCUAGGUUCUCUUCAAGCUGAACAGGUUGCUUCUGGAAUUAUAAAAAGUAAAAUGGCUACAGAAAGUUUGGUUGACGGAUCAACAUUUUGUUUAUCUACAGGAGGAAAUCCGCUAAAAGUCACAGUUGGUAUACCAGAAAACAAAUCAAAAAGGACUUCUAUUAAGCAGCUUUCCAUCGAAAUAAUAAAGCAAUUACAAAUUGUGUUAGAACUUUCAAAUAGAAAAACAAAAGAGAUGCUUUCUACUUUACGCAAAGGUUUAGGAAAUAAGCUUUCCAUUGAGCCUAAUAUUUUUGGUCGUCUUUCUGAAUUAGAAGAAUAUAUUUCUAAUUAUGAAGGAAUAUCUACAUUAAAUUUAGGGACAAAACGAACUCUUGGCAGUAUUGAUUAUUGGUACAAUAAAUAUUUAGAAAAUAACUCAGUAAAAUCAUCCAUGCAAGAGUUUAUGAACUGCAUCAAUUCUCGAAUUUUAUAUAUUAAUUUAGAUCCAAAUACUUUAAUUGAGCAACUCAUUCCUCCACCUGAACUUCAUUUGUUAAUUGGUUUUGUUUCACUGCUUGGAAAUUUUUUGUUAGAUGUCUGGCCAGGAUUUGAUGAUUGGCUAAAGUCAAAAAAUGUUAUUCAGCGAGGGUACCAAGGCAGAGGCUGGGACGGAAACAAUUCGAAUAAAAUAUUAGAAAAUCUUGAUUCUCUUGAAACACAAAUUUUAGAAACAUUUACUUGUUUGAUUCCAAUUGUACAGUGUUUGAGAGAUUUUAGAAAUGUAAAAAAUUGUUGCUUUUCCAGCAAUUUACAAACUGGCUUCAAAGAAGCAAUAACAAAUUUAAAGAAUUCAUUUCUUUCCGCACAAGAAGUUGCAGUAAAUUUAAAUAAACAAAUAAAUACAACAUGGAAAGUCCACAUUCUACUGUGUCAUGUACAGCCAUAUGUGGAACACCAUAACAAAGGAUUGGGUAACUUUGCUGAACAAUGUGGAGAAAGUAUUCAUGCAAAGUUUAAGCCAACAUGGACAAGGUUUAAGAGACAAAUAGAGCAUUCCGAACAUGGUGACAGACUAUUAUCAGCAGCAGUUGAUUUUGGAGCAAAAAGAAUUUGAUUUUGUUUAUAAAUUUAUUUAUAUAGUUAUAUGUAUAUAUGUAUAUUUAUAUUGUGUGUGUGUGU